UUACAACAGCUAAUCUUAAUCGUAUAUAUUCAAAUAAACUUUCAUCAGCUUUUCUUAAUCGUGUUAUACGUAUUUGUUUACCACAAAUUGAUGAUUUUGAUAUUAAAACAAAUAAUGAUCCAACAACAAGUGAUUUAUAUGAAUUACUUUCAACAAAAUUAACAACAAUUCCAGCUGGAAAACAACUUGCUCAUUUAAUUAUGUUAACACAUCUUAAUGUUAAACAAGAUGUUAAAUAUAGUGUUUUAACAUAUCCAAGUGAUUUUUCUGUUACAUAUCGUCUUUUAGAACAAUGUAUUCAUACAAUAUUCUAUCUUAUUAGUCGUAAAGUGAAACCCGUUGAUGCAUGUUAUUGGUCAUUAAUACGUUGUUAUUGUUCAUCAUUACAAAAUCAUGAACAAUAUAAAUCAUUUAUCGCUAAAUUACAACAAACAAUAGAUAAACUUAAUUUACGUUCAUCAUCAACAGUUUAUUCAACAGCAUCUGAUGAACUCGAUCGUAAACAGGCUUUAUGGAUUCAAGAAUCGCAACGUAUUCGUUCGAAAUUUAUUUCAUUUGAACGCUAUCUAGUUGAAUUAAUAUUUAACGUGCUUAAAAUACUAGCAUAUAAUAAUAAAUUACCUAAGUUAACAUGUGCUCUAUUUACAUUAUUUAUUGAUAAUAUUCUACUAUUAAUGUCACCGUCCGAUUCAAAACUUAUUCAAUUAAAACAAACAUUAACAAAUAAUGAUAGUUUACAAAUAGAUUUAGACAAGGAAUUAACUGAUUUAAUGCAACAGAAAAGUAUUUCGAUUCGUAUUGAUUUUAAACAAACGACAAUUAAAGGAAAAUUAAUGCAAAGUCUUAUAUCUGAUGGUUCACUUUGGUUAUGUUCAACAUGUGAAGAAAUAAGUACAUUACUUGAAUUAUUUAUACGUAGUACAUCGUUUAAUGAUACAUAUGAACGUCUUGAAUUUCUUCAACGAGCAAUAUCAAUUAUUGAUGUAUUUUAUCAAUUUUUUAGUUCGUCAAUUUUUGCAUUAUUUGAUCGAACAACUGAAUUAACACGUUUAUGUUCAAGGAUUAUACAAUAUCUUCGACUAUUACUUACAUUUAAGGAUAAGUGUUCUGCAUAUGCACUUUUUCAUGAUCCAGCAUUUAUUGAUGCAAAAUAUCAAUUUCGUAAACAUUUACUUGAAAAUUUUGAUAGUGGUCUUGUUUGGUCAUUUGAACGUGCACAAUCAUUUCCAAUACGAUCAACACGAAAAGAUUUACGUAAACUUAUUGAACAUAUGGUUAAUACAAAGACAAAUACAAGUAUGAUGAAACCAAUUCAAUAUUUUGCUACACUUCUCGAAUGGAUUAGUUUACAAUGGACAUUUGAUGAUUACCUUACAAUAAGUGUACGAAAUGCACUACAGAAAAAUGUUUGUAUUACACGAGAUUUUAUUCUUGAAUCUGAAUUAAAAUUUUCUGCAUUGGAAUUAAGUAAUAAAAUGACAACAACAAUUGGAGCUGUUGUACGUGAUUUACCUUCGGAAGCAAGUUCAAUUCAUACAAAUUAUUCUCGUUUAAAAAAAGAGCUUGAAUUAAAACGAGCGGCAUUAGAUAGAUGUAAAGAAAAUAUUCAAGAACUUGAAAGUCAAAUUGCUGAAUCAGAAUCAACAAAGCAAAAUGAAGUAAACGUAACUAAUCGAGGAACACCAAAUUUACGUCCGGGAUUAUCACGUGAUAUAUCUGUUUUUUAUCCAGAUGAAAAUCCACUUAGUAAUCGAUUGAAUGCACUUAAACAAGAACAAAUUAAAUUAAAAUCAGAAGUGGAUACAUUAAACAAUGAUUAUAAUCGAUCUGAUCAUAGUCGUACUGCAGCAUUAGAUAAAGCAAUAGCUGCACGUGAAAAACUCUAUGAUGAAAUGAGAAAUUUAUUUCAAUCCGAUGCCUAUAAAUUUGUUCAUGAACAACUCGAACAGCCUGAUGCUAAACAGCUCAAUCAUCUUGUACGAUUACUAAGUGAAGCUCGAAAAAAUCCAACAUUAAUUAAUCAUGAAGGUCUACUUGAUACUCGUGCUGUAUUAGCUACAUCAUUUGGUGGUGAAUUAAUUGAACAUGAUGAUAUUCUUGAAUCAUCUUUAGCAUUUUUUCUUUUUGGUUAUUAUUUUCUUCCGUAUUUUGAUCAACGAUAUCGAUUUUUUAUUAUUUCAAAUUGGCAACAAAUUAAUGAUGAUAUUGAUAUAAAUGCAUUAAAUCCUUAUGAUUUGAUUAUUUAUUGUCCAAAUAAAAAUCCAUAUGAAUCUUGUUUAUUAUCAAUGAUAAAACAAAAUAAUUCAAUAUCAAUUAUUAUAUGGAGUGUACAAGAUAUAUAUAUUAGUGAUUUACAUACUAUAUUAAAUGAAUCAUUACCCGAUGGAAUUCAAUGUCAUAUUAAACAAAAAGAAUUUGAACAUAUAAAAAAAACUAUGACAGAAAAUGGACAAGAAUUAUUUGGUUUAGCUUGUUUAAUGCAUUUAUAUCAACGAGACGAUAUAACAUCGACAAGACUUCAUGAAAUUUAUGAUCAAAUUAAAAUUAUUUUUGGUGAAUUAAAAUAUUUUGUUGAACAUAAUGUUAUUGAACGGAAAACACCAACAGUAUUAAUUUAUCAAAAUAUAAAGCGAUUUCGAAGUGAUGUAGAUUCAUUUAAUCUAUCGAAUAAUUCUGAUGAUUUAUGGAUAACAUCAAUUCAACAAAUGUGGACAUUAAUUAAGCCAUAUCAAGAAAAAUUUUCAUCAACUGUAGCACAAAAACUUCAAGAAGAAUUACUAUAUUCUAUACAAUCAAUUGAACCACCUAAUCUAAGUAGUCGUUUAACAUCAUUAGGUUAUUUAGAACAAUUAAAAGAAAAAUAUGGUUGUGUACAUAUGAUUAUUCAACAUUUAAAAGAAGGUAUGAAUUCAACAGCUAUUGAAAGUAUUCCUGAAUUUCAUAUUUUAUUUAAUUUUGUUAAUAAAAUAUUAAAAUUAUUAAAAUUACUUGUUCAACAUACAAUAUUUGGUAAAGAUGAUUAUAUUAAUGAAUUAUAUGAAAAUACACCACAUACAAUUCAUCAUUUAGAACAUAUUUUUCAUUCAGCAUUAUCUGUUAUUAAUAUUGUUAAUAAUCAAUUACAAAUUGGUGUAACACAAACAAAAUCUGUAUUUGAUGAUUUACAAAUAAAACUUGAUGAAUAUUUAUUAAAACUAAAAUUUAGUAAUAAUCUUUUAAUAAGAUAUAAUCUUACAAAUUUAAUUCGACCACUAGCUACAUUAUUCGAUCCAAAUCGACGUUCAACUACAAUAAUUAAUACAUUAAAUGAUAUAUCAAAUGAAAGUUCAUCUAUUAUGAGAGAUCCACUUGAAUUACGUAGAAAACAAAUGCAAUCACAAAUUGAUGAAACAAUAAAGAGAUUAAAUGAGAACUUAAUAAUUGCUAGUCAAUUACCUAUACAACCACAACCAAUUAUUCAACGUAUUCAUAUAGCUUUACAUAAAUUAAAAAUAUUCGA